AUACCCUUUUUUUUUUUUCCACCGCAUCUUCUUUUUCCUGCACAUGUCAGUGUGGCAGGUACGAUCAUGUGUCUUUACACUGAUUAUUAUUAUUCUUUAUUUAUUUUUAUUUUUUUAAGUGGGUGCAGUAAUCACUGUAUAAGGCUUUACUUUGUUUUAACUUGUGUUUGGAUCUGAGGUUAGGUUGGCUUAGGGCAGGGGUCUGUUUAAUCCCCAACUUUUCCAUGCAAAAUAAAUGCUUAGACCUCCAUAAUAUAUAUAAUGUAUCUUUCUUUUGUUUGAUAUUGGUUAAAAAAAAAAAUCUAAUGGGCUUUUUCGACGUUCAUGCAUUUAUUUAUUUUUUAUCGGAAGUUACUCUUGUAGCUUUUUUUUCUACUGAAUACUUUCUUACUCGAGUAAAUAUUUGGAGUACUACUUUUGACUUGAGUCAUAUUAUUCUAAAGUAACAGUGCUCUUAUUUGCAAUAAGGGGUGGAGUUGGGCUUUCUGAUGGUGUCCAUCAAAACUGAGCAUUUUUACCUUUGUUAAAAACAAGUUAGUUUUGAGUCUGACACAAAUCACAUUGUGUAACAUCUGCUCGAACAGGAAAAAAUCAACAAAUUCUACAAAGUCCAACAAAGGUACUUCAUGACACCAGAUUAAAAAAUAUCUCCAGUAUUGUCAGCACCAUCUUCCCACCAUGUCUAGCUCCCCCAGGGCAACAGCUGAUGGACGUGAGCAGAGAUGAAGACCUCGUCCACUCUGACGCAGAGUCCGAAAGUCUGCUCUCUCCUGAGAUGCCAUCGCACGCGGCGGCGGCGGCGGCAGAGGGGACGGAUGGGAAACGCAGAGAGCGUGGCUUGGACGCCGCCAUGUUCUGGAGCCGCUGCAACAAGGCAGGCUGCACGGACGCCAUUUUCAGCGACUUCCUGAGCAACAUGAAGGACGUCUCCCUGCGGAUCCAGCGAGGCCACACCGGCCCCGAAGAUUACGACGUCGCGCUCAAAGUUAUGAUGGCUUCUGGCAAAAUGAUGCAGCUGCUGAGCAAACAGCACAAAGAGCUGGAGCAGAAACACAAGGCGAUGCAGGAAGUUGUGUCUUUGCUGAGAAGAUAAGAGAACCGCUUUCCCGUCCUACGGUCUGGACUACCUCUCUGAUCCCAGUCCAGAAACCAUUUCAUCUCACUUGAAAACUAACGCUGCAAAUUUCUUAGGACUCGCCCCAAAAAGAACAGACGAGUCCUAAGAACAGACUGCUUUGAGGAAGGUGGCACGGUGUGUGACCGGUUAGCACAUCUGCCUCACAGCGCUGAGGACCGGGAUUCAAAUCCCGGCCCCGCCUGUGUGGAGUUUGCGUGUUCUCCCCGUGCCUCCGUGGGUUUUCUCCGGGCACUCUCGGUUUCCUCCCACGUCCCCAAAUACAUGCAUUAAUUGAAGACUCUAACUUGACCAUAGGUGUGAACGUGAGUGCGAAAGGUUGUUUGUUUCUGGGUGUCCUGCAAUUGGCUGGCGACCAGUUCUGGGUGUACCCGGCCUCUCGCCCGAGGUUAGCUGGGAUAGGCUCCAGCACGAGCGUGACCCUAGUGAGGAGAAGCGAACGGAAGAUGAAUGAAUGGUUUGCGGAAAACAACAGGACUUUGUGUUUGGAACUCAUUUCUCUCUUUUCUGCCACAAAAUCUUCUGCAUAACACAUCCUCCAUUCCACACAUCACACAAAAACAUACAUAGGUGGAGACAGAUACUCAAAAUUUACUUAUGUAAUUUCCCCCUUUUUUUCCCUUUAAAUGACCUGAAUAUCUUCGUUUAGCGCAUUUUAAUCAUGUGGAAACAAUGUACAUAUUAGAAUUAAGUAAAUUCAGAGCAGUUUUUCUCAGUGUACGGCAAGCUCCCAGUGACCUGCGGUGAGGUGGGUGGCUGCUGAGGCAUUUAUAUUUGUGUCACAUUUGUGUGUGUGUAAGUAUAGCCUCCUUUUAUACCCAAUUAUGACACUCACCUGUUUCUCAUUAACCUGUUCACCCAUGGAAUGUUCCAAACAGGUGAUUUGUGUGUGUGUUUGUUUUAAACAUUCCUCAACUUUUCCAGUUGUUAGGGUGCCCAAAAUUUGUUUACAAAAAAUAAUGUUUGGAGAUGACCUAUUGUAUUUGUAGUGUAUUCAAUUGAAUAUGUUGAAAAUGAUUAGAAAAUCAUUGUAUUCUGUUUUUGUUUAUGUUUUACACAAUGUCCCAACUUCACUGGAAUUGGGGUUUGCACUAUAAACAUUGAAUAACCACUUUCACUUUGCCACACAGUGUCCAUCACUAAUGCUUUUUAUUUCUGUAUUUUUUUUAAUGAUAAAUACAGUGGCGCCUUCAGAUGUGCGUUUAAUUCAUUCCAUAACCACGCGCCAAUGAAUGGAAAUGCCGUUAAUCUGUUCUGUCUUCACUUAAAAAAUAAAAAAUAAAAAAAAGCA